UUUACAGUGUCAUUGUGUCAGUACCUCAAUCAACUAACUAUAAACGACAAAUCUACCAUUUGCGAAGGAUCGAGAGACGCUAAACUAGUAGAAUUUUUUUUCAACUUAAUAUUCGCCGAAUUUCACAACACGCCGCCACUAUGCACAUGUGUGCAAAUGUGCAUUGACCAACCGGUUUACUGUUAUCCAAGCGGGUGCAUGCAAACAAUUUCUAAGAAACCUAUUCUCACACACAUCCAAAAAGAGGAUAGACGAGUAACAUUAGUAUUGAAAGAUAGAAAUGCUGCUUCCUUUUCAAAUUUGUUUGAAGACCCUCACCAUGUCAACACCGUGUUACUAUUUAUAGGAAUACAAGAAAAUGGAGCUGUAAAUAAUUAUUUAACAACCAUACUGGAAGACAGAUCUAAGAGCUUAAACCAUUAUAAAAAGACGCCUAAAGUUGAACUUAGAUAUAAUUUUCGACAACACGUAAAUACCAAAAAGUCUGUAAUGUCAAAUAUUGGAAAUGCCGUUGUUUCGAGAGCAAGAUGGCCACAUCGCCAAAAUAUUUUCAGUGAAAAGCUAACAGCCAAAGUUAACUCGGCAAAGUUUAUAUCACCAGAAUCAGCUGCGCCUUUCACUAUCGCACCUAGAAGUAUAAAAAAAUAA